AUGAAAUCUGUUAUAUUAGCAGGUGGCUAUGGAACACGAAUACGCCCUUUAACCCUUUCAGUUCCCAAACCUCUCGUUGAUUUCUGCAACCGUCCGGUUAUAGAGCAUCAAAUUCAGGCCUGCAAAAACGCUGGUUUUGACCAUGUUAUAAUCGCUGUAACGGAGCAUCAUAACAUAACGGAACCUAUCAAAAACUUAGCUGAAAAAUAUUCUAUACGUAUCGAUUUUUCAACAGAAUCUACACCUUUGGGUACAGCUGGACCACUGAGAUUAGCUAAAGAUUUGAUUUGCAGUGAUGACGACAGUGAUGACUUUGUAGUAUUCAACAGUGAUAUAAUUUGUAAUUAUCCACUUAAGGAACUAUUGGAAUCGCAUAGGAAAAAAUCCGCCAAAGUUACAAUUAUGGUUACAACUGUGGAAAAUAGCUCCGAAUUUGGGGUUAUAUUACACGACGAAAAUGGUCUGAUAAAGUCUUUUUUGGAGAAACCAAAAAACGCAACCUCAAACACAAUUAACGCCGGCGUUUAUGUGUUAAGCAAAGAAGUUCUGGACCAUAUACCCCUGAAAAAUUAUUCCAUAGAGAAACAGUUUUUCCCAAAAUAUCUCAAAUACAAUUCAAGCUAUAUAUAUAAAUUGAAUGGAUUUUGGUCGGAUAUCGGUAAACCAACAGGAUACUUAAAUGGGCAGAAUUUAUUUCUAUCACACGUCCAAGGAUUGGAAGCAAACAGUUGCAAAAGCAAUCAUGAUCUAAGGGACGGCGAUUUUAGUCCAUUGAUAAGCGCUGAGAAUAGCUUCGAAACAGACUCAAGUUAUAAAUCAACUGAAACUAAGUUUAGGCACCCAGUCCUAAUUCACCCGACUGGCGUCAUCGGGAAUGACUGUGUGAUAGGCCCAAAUGUAUGCAUCGGGCCUAAUGUUGUGAUUGGGGACGGUUGUAGAAUAUUAAAUUCCACUUUAUUCAAGGAGGUGAGGGUGGAAUCUUACUGUUAUAUCGCGGAUAGUAUUAUAGGAUGGAAAUCACUGAUCAAGCAGUGGUGUAGAAUUGAAGGACUGAGCGUUUUUGGCGAAAAUGUCAUAGUUGACGAGUCAUUGUACAUUAGAGGGUGUAUAGUACUACCACAUAAAACAAUAAACUCCUCAGUAUAUGAGGAAGGACGAGUAAUAAUAUAA